AUGUCUAAUAGCAUCCGUCAACGUCUGUUAGAAAACGACGAACUAAGUCUAGAACGAGCAGUGAUGCAGUCACGAGCUCUAGAGAUGGCACAAAAGCAGUCUGAAGCCUACUCUAUGCCUGUAGAAUCUAUAAAUCAUGUAAAUACCGAAGCAGAAGACGAACAAUCUGAAUCAAUGAUCGCAGCCAUCCGACAAAAAUGUUUUUUUUGCGGGUAUGACCGGCAUCCACGUAGCUCUUGUCCAGCUAGGGAAGCUGUGUGUAGGAAUUGUGACAAAAAAGGUCAUUUCUCCAAAGUUUGCAAAUUAAAGAAAACUCAAAACUCAAAUAAGUCUAAUACAACUACUUCGGCUUUUAUUGCAAAUCUAGCCUGCAUCUCUGCAAAUUUACCGGGUGCUCUAUCAAAAACAGUUAUUAAAGUUAGAGUCAAUAAUAUGGAAGCAAAUGGUCUAGUGGAUACUGGAGGUUCAAGUAGCUUCAUAGAUGAUGAAUUUGUCCAGCAUCAUAAAAUAAAGGUAUUUCCUAAGAAGGGACAGGUAGUUUUAGCAUCUGCAGAGCAUUCAUCACACUUAAAAGGGUUUGUUUGCGUAGACUUAUCAUUGCAAGGGCACGUGUAUAAAGAUGUCAAAUUAUCAGUACUGUCAAAAUUAUGCACUGAUGUUCUCAUAGGUCAUGAUAUAUUACAGAAACACUCUAAAGUAGAAGUUACCUUUGGCGGGCCUAAAUCCCCUUUAUUAAUCUGUAAUAUGUCUUCAACAGCAAUAGAACCAAAUGUAAUAAAACCCAUGCCCUCAUUUGUAAUAGAACCUCCGCGCCUUUUCAAGAACCUAGCUUCCAACUGCAAACCUAUAGCUGUCAAAUUACGCCAAUAUUCUGAGGAGGACUAUACAUUUAUCAAGGAUGAAAUAAUUAAAUUAUUGAAUGAAAAUGUUAUUGAGGAGAGUAUGUCGCCAUGGCGAGCCCAGGUAUUAGUUACAAAAACUGAAAACCAUAAAAAACGCAUGGUAAUCGAUUACUCUCAAACAAUUAAUAGGUUCACAAUGUUAGAUGCCUAUCCUCUACCAAAUAUAAAUGACCUAGUUUCCAAAGUAGCCCAAUAUAGUAUAUAUAGUACUAUAGAUUUACAUAAUGCAUACCAUCAAAUACCGAUCCACGAGGAGGCGGCUGGUCGCCUUUAUCAUUUUCGGAAAAUCCCUUUUGGCGUGACAAAUGGAGUGGCCUGUUUCCAAAGAGUGAUGGAUAAAAUAAUAUCAAAUGAGAACCUAAAUGGAGUAUACGCUUAUUUGGACGAUAUAACAAUAUGUGGAAAAAAUCAGUCUGAGCAUGACCUGAACCUGAAUAAAUUUCUCAAUGCAAUGAAAAAUUAUGGACUCAUACUAAAUGAAAAUAAAUGUCAGUAUUCUAUGCAAACAAUUACACUUCUUGGACAACAGAUCACGAAUAAAAGUGUAAGUCCAGACCCAGAUCGAUUGAAGCCUCUUUUGAAUCUACCUCCACCCAAGGACGCCAAAUCAUUAAAGAGGGUUUUAGGUAUGUUUUCUCAUUAUUCAAAGUGGGUUAGAAAGUUCUCAGACAAAAUCCAUUAUCUAAUACUUUGUAAGUCAUUCCCUAUGUCAUCAUCUGCAAUUGCUGAUUUUGAAAGUAUCAAGCUAGACAUUGCCAAUUCAGUAAUAAGUUCUAUCAGUGGUGAUGAGCCCUUAGUAGUUGAGAGCGAUGCCUCAAACCAUGCGUUAGCAGCAACACUUAGUCAGAACGGGCGCCCUAUAUCAUUUUUCUCAAGAAGUCUCUCGAAUUGUGAAAAGAAACACCCAUCUAUAGAAAAAGAAGCUUAUGCAAUUGUAGAGGCAUUAGGGAAAUGGAGACAUUUUUUAAUAGGGAGGCAGUUCAAACUUAUAACAGAUCAAGAAGUCGUAUCUUUUAUGUUUAACUUGAAACAUUCAAGUAAAAUUAAAAAUGAUAAAAUUAUUAGAUGGAGACUUGAGCUUUCUUGUUUUAGUUUUGACAUACAAUAUCGCCCAGGAAAGGAAAACACUGUUGCUGACACUUUCUCAAGAGUAUGCGCUGUUGUAAAUAACUCUAACAUGUUAUCUGAUUUACACAAAUCUCUAUGUCAUCCAGGUGUUACUAGAAUGUUCCACUGGAUCAAGAGUAAGAAUCUACCAUUUUCAAUUGAAGAUAUAAAGAAGUUGACCAGUAGCUGUAAUGUAUGUGCAGAAGUAAAACCAAGGUUCUACAAAAAACAAGAAGGUCAUCUUAUAAAAGCUACUUCACCAUUCGAGCGAUUGAAUAUUGAUUUCAAGGGACCGAUACCAUCUAAGACUGGAAAUAAUUAUAUCCUUACGACCCGACCGUAG